UGCCGCGAGCUCAUUGGCUGCGAGAGCCAAGUUGGGCACGGGUGGGGCGGCAUGGCCGUGAGGCGGCCGGGCUGCGGCUAGAGGCGGGCGGGGGUGAGCGGAGCAGCGCCCGCCCGAUCCCGGAGCCCUCGGGAUUCAGCGCUGCCAUCCCUCCCCUCCGCCCGGCUGAGCUGGAGCCCUUUGCCGCCGCACUUCACAUAGCCUGGCACCUUAAUGGAAACAGCAGUUGAUGGUGGUCUGAGUUGACGUAUGGUUGAACAAUAUUUGUGGGAUUAAAAGAUUUGAACUGCAGCUGAAUAAAACGGGCUGAAGAUUCAAGGAUGGCAGCAAAUCCUUCGGGACAAGGUUUCCAGAAUAAAAAUAGGGUUGCAAUCCUGGCAGAACUAGACAAGGAGAAGAGAAAGUUACUUAUGCAAAACCAGUCUUCCACAAAUCACCCUGGAGCCAGCAUUGCACUUGCAAGAUCACCGCUGAACAAGGAUUUCCGUGAUCAUGCUGAGCAACAGCACAUUGCAGCACAGCAGAAGGCUGCACUACAGCACGCACAUGCACAUUCGUCAGGAUACUUCAUAACUCAAGACUCUGCAUUUGGAAAUCUUAUUCUUCCUGUCUUACCUCGACUUGAGGCAGAAUGAGGAAUGUUCUUUCUCAGAACUACAACGUUUGAUUUAUCCAUAGCAGAAACCUGCCUGACCUUUUAAUGUCUUUACUUACCUUAAAACCUGGUUUUUUUCUGGAUUUUUGCAGUUGCCUUUCAGGAGCAUGAACUCUAAUGUUGAAAAAGCAAUGUUGUUGAACAGCAAUUUUUAUCUUAUGCUUUGGUUCCUCUGUCAAAGUCAGAUGUAAGACUUCCUUGCUGCGUGAAGUGCAUAGUUGCUUGCUCUUCCCUAUUUCUGUGCUUCCUUUAAAUGAAUGUCCAAACCAGAGUCAUCAAGAGAUGCACACUCUGUCAGCAUUUGUGUUUUUUUAUUGUGUACAGGUACUGCAUUUGAGUUUAAUGAAAUACAAAAGUUACUUUUGUCCAUCAAAACAGACAUGAAUUUAUCGAAUGCAACAGUCAGUUGUUUGGGUGUGGUUUUGGUUUUUUGUUUCAUUUUUCCCCUGUAUGCAGGAACACUGCUAGUGUCCUGUCUGCUGGUGUAGUAUCAUCUCAUCUAAAGUCGUUAGAUAUAGUGUGCCUGCUCUUGCUCUGUUUCAUGAAAUAAAAAAAUGAAGUGGGGAAAAAGCGAGUAUGUUGGUGAUUUUCAGGAAAUAUUAUGUUUAUGCAUGAAUACUUAAUGAAUAUGUAUGAAUAAGUUCUGUAUAUGGUGUAUGGUUUUGAAGCUUGGUGUGCAUUGAUCGUGAGAGGACUGUCACGCACCUGGCCAUCAAUAAAGAAGUGUCUGCUUAUCUGCA